AUGACUACUAAACCGCAAACUCGAGGAGACUUCCACGUAGGCAUCGUCUGCACUUUGGACAUCGAAAAACAAGCCAUUGAUAAAUUCUUCGACGAAGUGUACAACGCAGCCGACUAUGGAAAACUCGGUGGAGAUGCAAACUACUAUAAGAUUGGUCGUAUCGGCAGACACAACGUUGUUCUGGUGAAGCUUUCUGGAAAGGGUACACAAUAUUCUGCGCGCUCAGUGACAGAUUUGAGUCAGUCAUAUCCCGGUAUCAAAGUCUACUUGCUUGUGGGAAUAUGUGCUGGUGUUCCAUUUCGAGGACGAGAUCGAACUCAAGACUCAGAGACUAUUCUUGGUGAUGUGAUAAUCGGUGAUAGUAUCGUCCAAACUGAUUAUGGGAAACAGUAUUCAGAAGAGUAUCAAAGACGGACUGAUAGACGUGAAGUUCUGGGGAACCCUCCACUUGAUAUUCGGAAUAUGCUGAGUCACCUAAAAUCUGAACCGGAGCCAUUGCUUGAUAAGAUGAUGUCUAAUCUUCAAUUGAUUCAGUCACAAGAUCAGGGGAGAUGGAAUUACAAGGGUGUUUCAGAGGACAGACUUUUUGACACGCCGUUUCGGCACAGACACUAUACCAGAGACAUCAUAUGCGAAUGCAUCAAUUGCAAGACAAAAGACGAUCCAAUCUGCCAUACAGCCCUACGAGAUUCAUGUACCGUAACUGGGUGUGCAGACAAUUACCAUUGUCUGAUCAGUAGAAUAAGACUGGCCACUGUCACUCAAAGUGGUCACCUCGCCCCUCAGCCGUCUAUCCACUUUGGCACUAUCGCUUCUACCAAUGCUGUUUUAAAGUCCGGCGAACACCGAGAUCAACUCGUCCAGAAGGAGCGAGUUCAAGAGGAGGAGGAAAUCAUUGCAUUCGAAAUGGAAGGGGCAGGGAUGUGGGAUAGCCGGCCUUGUGUGAUCAUCAAGGGAGUGUCCGACUAUGCAGACAGCCAUAAAAAUGAUAUUUGGCAUGCAUAUGCAGCGGCUACCGCAGCGUCUUGUACAAAGGCAUUUUUGGAUCUGUGGAUUCCUUCAGAUCCUCUUCCAACUGCGCCUCCACUACGUGAGCGCAGAAGCCUUCAGGAAUCCAAUAACCUUGAUACGCAAGGAAUAACUCCACGUACCUCGCAAAGUACACUUAUCACAGAUACGCAUUCUUUUUACGCGCUGGACCGACAUCAUCUCAAAAUGAAUGUGACCGGUUACUGGGACCGUUUGACCAUUGAGUCAUGGAGGGCCUAUAGAUCAAUUUAUAAAAAAUGUUGCAAUGAGAAAGACAAGAAAGUUUACUUCCUGGAUUUCAUCAAAGAGUUUGACCAGACAGCAGGACCAUCUCAUGCAAUUAUUCAGGAAUAUUGGAACAAGGUUAUUCCGCAAGCAUAUCGAAAGCCAAAUGCCCUACUUCCUCUAUCUCAGGGCCUCGUCCUAGCAGUCCUUUACAUGCUGCAUGUUUUCCACACCCUGCAUGAACAUCCGCCCUUCGAGUUUGAUACUAGGCGACACGCUUACCUGUCUCGGUUCGCCGACUGGGCUCCCUGUUGUUGCCCGUUGAACUGUAGACGCGCUUGGAAUUUCGUCUCGUAUAAUGGUAUUUGGAGACGAAUGUCAGAUAGGGAGAGUGAUGGCUUGCAUGGUCGUUGCCUUGUGGAUAUGCAUCUGAACCACAACUUUCGGGAUACUGAAUAUGUCACUGCAUACAAGACGACAUGGGACAAUUGGUGGAAUGCUUAUUCUAGACAUCGACGAAAAUGA